AUGACCGACUUCAGCUGGCUUCGGCUCGGGCAGCGUUCUCGUACUCCUAGCAUCCCCCGAACGCCAACGUCCCCUGAGCGCACGCCGAGACGGGCCGCCAGCAACUUAAGUCUAACCAGCCACUCAUCGCACGAGCCAUUGACUGGUAGCAGUGUUGCUAGUUUGUUUAUCCGCGAACAGGAUAAAAUAUGGUAUAAUCCCUCUCUAGACCAGAUGGUCGAGGCGCUCCAGGUCGUUCUCAUGACCCAGGGAGCGCUACAACCCAUUCCCAUCGAGUAUAACUCGUAUAUCCUACACCUGAUCGAAGGAUUCGCCAACGCUCAGGAGAAGAUUCAGACCAUCGAUGCCGCUUACAACGAAGCUAGGCACUCGCUUGAGUAUCACCUGGAGCAUUUCAAAUCCGUAGCCGACGAAUGGCUGGAACGCGAGAGUCAGUAUAAAGCUGAGAUCAAACGGCUUGAAGUACUGUUGUCAAGGACGUCCAGUGAUGGUCUAGAAGCAGUGACGCUAGCCAGGACGAACAGUGUCGUUGAUAGGAAUGGUCCUCAGGCUAAGCAAUUUGUCUCUAAAUUGAAGCGCCUCAGCACGCAAACCAUGCAAGAGGCGUCUCUUGACGUACCUAGAGACAUAGACAAAUAUGAGACCAAGCCUGUACCAAAAGUACUCGACAGUAAUAGUGACUUCCUCAUGAGCGAGAGGAUACGGCGACAUGAUACUGUCAUAAAUGCUAGCAUGAUUCGCUCUAAAAGUAGGCGUCGACGAUAUGAGACAGCAGUGACCUCAGGAGCGAGUGAGGAUUCGUCUAAGCCAGAGAAAGAAUUAGUGGAACCCACAGUUUCUACCGGUCAAAUAACGCCAAAGCCAAAGCCAAAGCCACUAUUCUCGGAUGAUGUAUCCGACGCAUCUGAGAUAGAUGGCAGAAUAGGAACAGGGAUAGAACCCUCCGGGUGGCGCAGAAAGCAAGCUAGGCGGCAGAUAUUAGAGAACUUACUGGACUGCGAGGACUGCGAGGAACCUCUCGGUGGCAGCAGCGACGACGCCUCUUUUCGCUCGGAGGACGUUCACCGGCAUCCGAGCGGUUGUGGGCUCGAUGAUGUGCCCAAGGAUGUAGGUCUCAACCUCGACGAAAGACGCCUACGAUGUCUAUCUGGGUUCUCGUUUGUGCCUGGAGACGACGUAUCUCAUGUUCUCACGAGUGGCGGCUCUGGCAAUAAACUUCUAGCAGGGGCCUCUCCUAGGAGAAACGUGGAUAAAGAUGCGGAGCUAUGGAAGCCUAGGUUUAAAGACAUGAAAGAGAACUCAGCCAAGGAGAUAAGCGAAGGGCCGGUGUGCGAUUUGUCUAGCUCCCCGGAGUCUUUGGAAGACCGGUGGUCAUCAGCCGCGGAAAAGAGCUGCUCGCGAAGUUCAUGUACGAGCAGUCUAGACACAGUAAUUCAAGCAGCUACAGGGAGCCCAUCGGUGGCUGCUUACUUCGAUUCUCCAAGGGUACCAAUAGCAUUACCAACGUCACUCGAUAGAAACAGGGUCCGGAGUCCUAGUUCAGGAUUUGAGUUAACUAGUAGGCGUGCAACACUCUCGCCAACGCCGGGGGGUGAAAGCAGUGAGUAUAGCAAGGCAACGAGCACGAACAAGACCAGGAACCAAUGUCAUAAUAAUGUACGAGGCGUUAAGUAGUGUAUCAUCAAUACAUGUAGAAAGGAUGGAGUAGGUAACGUUUAUGCGGUGAUUCUUAGACGGUUGAUUUAAUCUUCGAGGGAUCCAUCUGUUGGC